UGCUGCCUAUGUUUUGAAGUUGUGCAACACGAACAUGCUUCUCAAUGUGAUAUAAUGGUAUGGCGGGCAAACUGAAGAAACAGCUGAAGGAAGCCGCUGGUAUAAUUGGGGCGGGCAGUUUUUUGUUCGCCUCAUACCUCACUGCCGUUGGAGAUGAGCGCUUCUAUGCCAACAGUCUCAUGCCCUUGCUCCAGAAGGUGGUCAGCGCAGAGACGGCCCAUGUUCUGGCGGUACGGAUCCUCAGCUGGGGUCUGGUACCUCUGAACAGAUACCAGGAUCCGGCCUCACUGGAAGUGAACGUCAUGGGUCAGAGGUUCAGAAACCCUGUUGGGAUGGCGGCUGGCUUUGACAAGCACGGAGAGGCAGUGGAUGGCCUGUACAAGUUGGGCUUUGGGUUUGUGGAGGUUGGCACGGUAACACCAAAGCCCCAGGAAGGAAACCCUCAGCCACGUGUGUUCCGCCUGCCUAGCGACCAAGCAGUCAUUAACAGGUAUGGCUUCAACAGUUGUGGCCUCUCUGAAGUUUUCGAGAGAUUAAAAGCAAGGGAGACAAAACAGGCAGAGCUUACUAAAGUGGGCCUUCCUCUGGGCAUCAACCUCGGCAAGAACAAGCUGACCGAGGACGCGGUCUCCGACUACCUGAAGGGGAUUCAGACGCUGGGCCCGCUCGCGGACUACCUUGUGGUGAACGUCAGCAGCCCCAACACACCAGGCCUGAGAAACUUGCAGGCAAAGGGUGAAUUGCGCCACCUACUGGUUAAGGUGCUGAGGGAGCGUGACCUGCUGCAGGGAAGCAGGAAGGUCCCCGUUUUGCUCAAAAUCGCCCCUGACCUCUGUGCUCAGGACAAGCAGGACAUCGCUGAUGUCGUCCGGGAGCUCCGUGUCGAUGGAAUCAUCGUCUCCAACACAACAGUGUCCCGGCCUGAGUCGCUGAGGGACUCUUCGAGCAAAGAAGCCGGCGGUCUGAGUGGUCAGCCACUCAAAACCAUGGCCACUGAGGUGGUACGGGACAUGUACCGCAUGACCGAAGGGAAGAUACCCAUCAUUGGUGUGGGUGGCAUUGCCAGCGGGCAGGACGCCCUGGAUAAGAUCCGCGCCGGAGCCUCGCUGGUCCAGCUGUACACGGCCCUCGUAUACCAGGGGCCUCCGCUCAUCACCAAGAUCAAAAAGGAGCUGGAUCAGCUUUUACAGGAACAAGGCUUUGCUAGUGUCUCUGAAGCCGUGGGAGCUGAUCACAGGUCAGCAGGCACUACAGUAGCAGCAGCAGCGGCAGCAGAUGAUGCAGCGGCGGCAGUAACACAUAAUCUAGAGAGCAGAGCGCAAACUCACCCAGUCUCAGGUGCCUCUGAUCCAGCGGUCAGUUAGAGGGGGAGCAGAGCCUAAUCUAAAGUCCUGUCCUUACUUGAAGCCAAUACAGAUGUGGCAUUGUCUCACUGGUCCAUACAAAACAGUAUACCUACAUGUAUUUGGUGCUCAGGGUAGAUUAUAUAAGAGAGUGACUCUUGAAAUAUUUCAAAAUUGUGCAUAUUGUAAAAUAAUGUUGGUCAAACAAUAUUUGACAAUAGAUGUAUGGCAAGUCACUGAAUGUGUAUCGCUUGUACUGUGCACUAUGAUUAAUGUCAUCUUUGAAAUGAUUAUGUGUCAGCAGUAUGUAUUGACAUAGUGUAUAUCGCCCAACAGGAAGAAUUUAAAUUUAGCUUUAAAAUUCAGUAUUUACUGUUAAAUGACAUUUUGUCUUUGAAAAAGUCCUUCAAUGACCUUUUAGAGGUUUCAUGUUUUGCCAAAUACAAAAUAAGCCUUUGCAAGAAUUAUUGUACAUGCAGAGCACAGUUAAUAAGACUAAUGUAAAACAUUAAUUUUAAGAAUGUAUUUAAGUUAUGCAGAGGGUUUGAACAGGCACACUUUGAAGCUGACCUUUGGAUAAAUUAUGAGAGGAAGAGGAAACCAACCAUUUCUGUUUUUUAGCAAAUAGAAAUGUAUUCAUAGAACACCCACUUGUUGUCAUGCUUGGCUUUGUACAGUUUCAUGCUACUCACAUGAAGGGAGUUGUUCAUAAAAGAAGUGGAACAAGUUCAAUUAAAUUCAUGGCUAAAUGUCAUUGAAACACAUGAUUACAUAUAAAUAUGUUUAAUCAUGA